UCAGCGGACUAACCAAACAGUCAGCGUUCCAUAAGUUUCGCGAUUCGGUGAUAUUCCCGGCUACUGGUCCUAUAAAACAAUCGGUGCGAUCCCCAGGGAAAGUCAGACGCGUGCCGCCAUCCGCGAGUGAAACAACCAUCCAAAGACCUCCAGAGUCCUCCAAAAAAAAAACAAUCCAAACAAUCCAUAAGAAGAUGAGCCACCACUGGGGUUACACCGAAGAGAACGGUCCCGCCCACUGGGCCAAGGACUACCCGCAGGCGUCGGGACAUCGCCAGUCGCCCGUCGACAUCACGCCUUCCAGCGCCAAGAAGGGCAGCGAUCUGAAGGUCUCUCCCCUCAAGUGGAAGUAUGUGCCGGAGCACACUAAGAGCCUUGUUAAUCCUGGUUACUGCUGGCGCGUGGAUGUGAACGGCGAGAAGUCCGAGCUUACUGGUGGACCGCUUGGAAACCAGAUCUUCAAGCUGGAGCAGUUCCACUGCCAUUGGGGCUGCACGGACUCCAAGGGCUCGGAGCACACCGUCGACGGUGUGUCCUACGCCGGCGAGCUCCACCUCGUGCACUGGAACACAACCAAGUACAAGUCCUUUGGCGAGGCUGCUGCUGCUCCCGAUGGCCUGGCUGUGUUGGGCGUGUUCCUCCAGGCCGGUGCCCACCAUGCCGAGCUGGACAAGGUGAGCAGCUUGCUGCAGUUCGUCCUGCACAAGGGCGACCGUGUCACUCUGCCCCAGGGCUGCGAUCCCGGCAAGCUGCUGCCCGAUGUGCACACCUACUGGACAUAUGAGGGCUCCCUGACCACCCCUCCCUGCUCCGAGUCGGUCAUCUGGAUCGUCUUCAAGACGCCCAUCGAGGUGUCGGACGACCAGCUGAACGCCAUGCGCAACCUGAACGCCUACGAUGUCAAGGAAGAGUGCCCCUGCAACGAGUUCAACGGCAAGGUCAUCAACAACUUCCGCCCCCCUCUGCCGCUGGGAAAGCGUGAGCUGCGCGAGAUCGGUGGCCAUUGAUCGCCUCAAGCCCGGGUCACCGCCGUCUCUUGGAUAGUCGACGCCUUCGAGUCACACGCUUAGCUGUCCGCACCUCACACAUCAUCGCAUUCAUUAGCGCAGCAGCACCCUAGGAUCGGACUACGCCUCGAGCUGGACCAGCACAUCCCACUGUUCAAUUCUCGUCUCUAGUUCGUACUACAAGCAAGCAUACCGCCUCCACGGGCAUCCGUAUCCGUACUCGCAUCAGUGUUUGUUUAGCUGUAACAUUAAAUGUACGCCUGUUCGUUUGUUUGUUCGUAAAACGUUUGCAAAAUGACAAUUAGAUUAAUAUUAUUAUGGUAUUACAAACUAAAUAUAA